CUGGGCCUCUGCCUCAUGUGCUUACAGCUGCCGUGGGGCCAGGUCUGCGCUGGCGCCCGCUCCUUCCAGGUGGAUUACGCCCACGACUGCUUCCGCAAGGACGGCGCCCCCUUCCGCUACAUCUCGGGCAGCAUCCACUAUGCCCGCGUCCCGCGCCCCGCCUGGCGCGACCGGCUCCUGAAGAUGUACAUGAGCGGCCUCAAUGCCGUGCAGGUCUACGUCCCCUGGAAUUACCACGAGCCGCUGCCCGGGGUCUAUGACUUCUCUGGGGACCGAGACCUGGGACACUUCCUGGACCUGACGGCAGAAAUGGGCCUCCUGGUCAUCCUGCGGCCCGGGCCCUACAUCUGCGCCGAGUGGGAGAUGGGCGGCCUCCCUGCCUGGCUGCUGUGGAAACCAGACAUUGUCCUGCGCUCCUCUGACCCAGAUUAUCUGCAGGCCGUGGAUUCCUGGCUGGAAGUCCUGCUGCCCAGGAUCAAGCCCCGGUUGUACCAGAAUGGAGGGAACAUCAUCAGCAUCCAGGUGGAGAAUGAGUAUGGGAGCUACUCCGGCUGCGACUACGACUACCUGCGGCACCUGCGGGCCGCCUUCCGCACCCGGCUGGGGCCCGACGUGCUGCUCUUCACCACCGACGGCAACAGCGCCGCCGAGCUGCGGUGCGGCACCCUGCAGGGGCUCUACGCCACCGUGGACUUCGGGCCAGGCCCCAACGUCACAGCCGCGUUUGCCCCUCAGCGACUCUAUGAACCCAAGGGACCUCUGGUGAACUCGGAGUACUACACGGGCUGGCUGGACUACUGGGGAGAGCCGCACGCCAGCAGCAGCCCUGCGCAGGUGGCUCAGGGUCUCCAGGACAUGCUGCAGCUGGGAGCCAACGUCAACAUGUACAUGUUCCAGGGAGGCACCAACUUCGGCUACUGGAGUGGUGCCGACUACAAGGGCUGCUACAAGCCAGUCACCACCAGCUACGACUACGACGCGCCGCUCUCGGAAGCCGGCGACCCCACCGAGAAGCUGUUUGCCAUCCGGACGGUCAUCGGCAAGUUCCAGCCCCUGCCUGAAGGUCCAAUGCCGCCGGCCACCCCCAAGUAUGCCUACGGCCACGUGCCCCUCCGGAAGCAGGGCGAGGUGCUGGAGCUGCUGGACGUGCUGUGCCCUGGCGGGCCCAUCCGGAGUCGGUUCCCCCUCACCUUCGAGGCCGUGAAGCAGGCUCAUGGCUUCGUCCUGUACCGGACGCGCCUGCCCCGGGACGUCUGGGAUCCGGCCCCUCUGAGCGCCCCUCCCAACAGCGUCUGCGACCGCGCCUAUGUGCUGCUUAACGGGGAGUACCAGGGGAGGCUGGAGCACAACGGGCAGACGACACUGAACCUCACGGGCCAGGCUGGCGCCAGGCUGGACCUGCUGGUGGAGAACAUGGGCAGGAUCAACUUUGGUGUGAACGCCAGCGACUUCAAGGGCCUGCUCCAGAAUCUCUCCCUGGACUCGGCUCUGCUCAGCGACUGGCUGAUUUACCCCCUGGACGUGGACUCGGCCGUGACACGGGGCUGGCCCCUGCCCACCCCCCAGGCUGAGGGGAGCAGGGCCGGGCUGGGGCCGGCGCUCUACACUGGGGCCUUCCAGACCCCUGGCAUCGCCUGGGACACCUUCGUGAAGUUCCCCGGCUGGAGCAAGGGCCAGCUCUGGAUAAACGGCUUCAACGUGGGCCGGUAUUGGCCAGUGCGGGGCCCCCAGCAAACACUCUUCGUGCCCGGCUCACUGCUGAGCGCCUCGGCCCCCAACAACAUCACCCUGCUGGAGCUGGAGGGGGCGCCCCCCAGGCCCUUCGUGCUGUUCCUGGACCGGCCCCUGUUCAACCAGACUGUCAGUGCCCGGGCUGGGACUGAGCUGCGGCCUCCCUAACACAGCCCCCCAGUGCCUCCUGGGCCCCCCAGGGCUCCCCCAGCUGGGCAGAGGGCAGAGUCAGCUGCAGCUCAGGUGCCUUUGGCCAUCCGCCCCGGCGAUGCCCAAAUCCUCUGGCCCCACCAGGCUGGGGGAGUC